GUUUUCCUCCUUUAGAAACUACGUAAGGCACGACAGAGUCUUCUUCUUCCUCAGCUACCUGCAGAAAAGUGUUGGUGAAGCAUCACAGAGCUCCAAUUAUGAUCCUUCAUAGAAAGUGGAUAAUGGCAUCCUGGUCCUUCUCUAGGCUGUGGAGAGUCUCUGAUCCAAUUCUAUUCCAAGCGACCUUGCUUGCUGCUCUGUUGGCUACUGUUCUUGGCACAUGUGGUCCUCCACCCUAUUUACCCUUUGCUUCUCCAACAAGUGAGUCGAAUAAGACAGAUUUUGAAACUGGAACUAUUCUGAAUUAUGACUGCCGCCCUGGCUACAGAAGGACAAUUUCAAAAGUUUCCGAUCUUACCUGUGACUCAAAAGGCAAUUGGAAAUACAAGGAGUUCUGUGUCAGGAAACGAUGUGAAAACCCAGGAGAAUUGCUUAAUGGGCAAGUGAUACCUAAGCCAGAUUACCAGUUUGGAUCACAUAUAGAAUUCAGCUGUUCAGACGGGUAUAUCUUAAUUGGCUCAGCCACUAGUUUUUGUGAGAUCCAAGAUAAAACAGUUGGCUGGAGUGAUCCUCUCCCUACUUGUGAAAUUACCAAGUGUGAGCCUCCUCCAGCCAUCAGCAAUGGGAAGCACAGUGGUAGAGAUGAAGACUUCUACACAUAUGGCUCUACUGUCACCUACAGCUGUGACCCUGACUUCUCAAUGUUAGGCACAGCCUCCAUUUCUUGUGGAGUAAAAAAUAAGACAACAGGUGUCUGGAGUCCAAGCCCUCCUUCUUGUAAAAAAAUCACUUGUCCUCAGCCAGUGGUUAAAAAUGGGAAUAUAAUCUCUGGAUUUGGAUCCAUCUAUAGUUAUAAACAUUCUAUCAUAUUUGGCUGCAGUAAAGGUUAUCUUCUCAAAGGCAGCACUUUAAUCCGUUGUGAAGCUGAUAACAGCUGGCAUCCUCCUCCUCCCACUUGUGAACUCAAUGGUUGUCCUGGCUUACCAAACAUCCCCCAUGCCAACUGGGAAAAAUAUGGUUAUUGGAAGCCAACAGGAGAAGUGUAUGAUAUUGGGACUGUAUUGAGGUACCGCUGCCUUUCAGGCUAUAAACCCAAGGCACAUGGGCCCACGACUGUGUCUUGUCAGAGAAAUUUGGAGUGGACCCCAUAUACACAAUGUGAAGAGGUUUGUUGUCCAAUACCAGAGCUGAAACAUGGCAGAAUCACUCAACACAGAAGAAUCAUGAGCAGUAACUGUACUUAUUUCUUUGAAGAUGUGGUUUCAUAUAUAUGUCAUGAGAAAUAUACAUCUCAGGCUACAUGCACAACAGAUGGCUGGUGGAGUCCCCGAACACCAGAAUGUAGCCCAGAUUGCGAUUCUCCUCCUGCUGUUGCCCAUGGACAUCAUACACUAGAUUCUUCAAUCUUUGCAUUUAAACCUAGUAGUGCUACAUAUGGAUGUGAUGAAGGGUACACCCUGGUUGGAAAGAACAAACUCUCCUGCACUUCUGCAGGCUGGUCACCUGCAGCCCCUCAAUGUAAAGCUUUGUGUCUGAAACCAGACAUAGAACAUGGAAGAUUAUCUGUGGAUAAGGAUAGAUAUGUUGAACUUGAAAAGGUCACCGUCCAGUGUGACUCUGGCUAUGGUUUGGUUGGUUCCCAAAGUAUCACUUGCUCAGAGGACAGAACCUGGUACCCGGAGGUGCCCAAGUGUGAGUGGGUGUAUCCUGAAGGCUGUGAGCAAGUGGUCAAAGGCAAGAAACUCAUGCAGUGUCUCCAAAGCCCAGAGGAGGUGAAAUUGGCCCUGGAGGUGUACAAACUGUACCUGGAGAUUCAACAACUGGAGCUUCAGAUAGAUAAGGCAAAGAAUGCCACUGAGUAUUCUCCCCAUGAGAGGGAGGAAAAUGUGUCUUGCUGCCCUUCAUCCAAUACGGAUCACCUCAGUUAAUCACCUUUAUCAUCUCAUUUACAGCGUCAUUUGUGGUAAUAAUUAUCUAGAAAGAUUAAUUUGUUCAUAAUUAGUACUUGGAGAUUGUAUAAUUAUUGAUCAUUUUCUGACAUAUUUUACUUUUCUGGACACAGAGUACAAAUCUUAUCAAUUAAAAAUUUUACAUAU